GAGUGUUUACUCGCCGCGCAGAGGGCGGAUCCGACGCUUGCGAAGUGUUUCGAGCAGGUGGCCUUAAGGGAGUUUCAUAGGCUGGUGAAAAUCUAUAUUGAAGAGGCUGAGGAUAGAAGCCAUCACACUGAAAUUGAAUCUGGAGCAGGGUCCCAGGGACGUCCCAGGUACGAUAUUGAAAAGAGAGACUGGAGCAUCUGUUGGAACUGAAUAUGUCCGUGGAGAGCAUCGCAAGGUUCCUAUGUGUCUCAAGCAGUACAGUGAAGAGGCGGAUGAGGGAAUAUCGUCUUUACAGCAGACAAAGAUACACUGAUGCCACUGACCAGGAGCUGGACCAGGCAGUCCAAAGGAUAAAAAUUGAAAUGCCAACAGCGGGCUAUAGGAUGGUGAAAGGCAGACUGCUGUCAAUGGGGAUGCACGUCCAGUGGAGGAGAGUGAUGGCAUCAAUGCACCGUGUUGACUCCUUGGGUAUUCUAUCCAGGCUUGCAGGAUUGAACUGCAUUGUGAGAAGAACAUACUCUGUCAGGGGCCCCCUUUCACUGUGGCAUAUUGAUACCAAUCACAAGCUGAUCAGGUACAACAUUGUACUGUUUGGUGCAGUGGAUGGCUUCUCCAGGAAGGUAAUGUGCUUGGAAGCUGCAACCAACAAUCGUGCAUUAACAGCAUUUUCUGCCUUCAAAGAAGCAACUGAGAAGCAUGGCAUACCCUUAAGGGUCAGAGCUGAUCAGGGUGUGGAGAAUGUGGACAUUACCCGAUACAUGUUCAAUGUCCGGGGAACUGAUCAAGGAAGCUUCAUGUCAGGAAAAAGCGUCCACAAUCAAAGGAUUGAAGGUUUGCGGCGUGACGUCAGAACGUGUGUCACAUCAAAAUACUACAACACACUACACAGCCUGGAGAUGGAUGGCCUUCUUGAUGUGUCCUCAAGAGAAGACCUUUUUGCUGUCCACAUGACCUUUCUUCCCAAACUUAAGGGAGACCUGGAGGCUUUUGUGGAGGGAUGGAAUAACCACCCCCUCAGAACAGAAAGGAAUCGAACUCCGGAGCAGUUGUGGCACACUGGAAUGAUGCUUCACCCAAUCAACCAACCAGAGAAUCUUGAGGACAUCCAAGAGCCAGAAGUUGACUGGGAUGUUGCAGCAGAUUAUGGAGAAGAUGUGGAUGGGGUGGUAGUGGUCCCAGAAUUUCAGUACCCCUUGGAUGAACAGCAGCGAGCAGAGCUUCAGUGUCUAAUGGAUGAAAAUGAAGGACAAACUGAAGAAGCAACAAUAAACCAAUACCUCCUUUGCCGUGCUUACCUGGUUUAAAUCUUCAGUCAUGCUGAGACAAAGGGUCUGGCUGCAGGUCUUCAUUUCAACAAAGCAGGAACACACCUGACUCGACUGAUUCUGUCAACUGAACUGUCACAUGUUGAUUUGUUGGAUAAGGUGUGCUCUUGCUCUGUUGGAACAAAAACCUGCUGCCACACGGCUUGCUCUAAUAAACUAAA